GAACUGUCUUUUCGAACUCUCCUCCCUGGUCCCACACGUGACGUUCCCCUCCCCGGAACGUGGCAUUGUGUAAUCACGUGACCCGUACGGGGCGUGCGGGAGGGGAGGUGGGCCGUUCCGGAGGAAUAGUGGGGGGGAGGAGGGGGGCUGCGUACGCGACGGAGCUGGGUGCGAAGAUGGCGGACGAGGAGGCCGAGCAGGACAGCGGCAGCCUCGGCGUUGGCAGCGAGAGCGGCUUCCCGGAUAUGCGGAGCUUGAAAGAGCGGCUGCUGGAGCUAGAGACGGCGCUGAGGGAAAGCGACGAGCCGGCCGUGGAAGCGGCUACCGAGUACUGUCAGCACCUUUGCCAGACACUUCUUGAAUAUGCAGAAAAGUGGAAAACAUCUGAGGACCCCUUGCCUUUGCUUGAGGUAUACACAGAAGCCAUCCGCAGUUAUGUUAAAGCACGACCUUACCUGACCUCCGAGUGUGAAAAUGUAACCUUUGUGCUUGAACGCUUAGCCCUAAGCUAUGCUGAACUUUUGCUAUGCCUGCCUCCUCAGCUGCCUGAAAAUAAAUGGAAAGAGUUUCAGUCCUUUAUUCAGAUGGCACACACAAAGUUGAUGCAGAAUGGAAGCUGCCAACUACAUUUUUUAUCUCUUCUCGCCCAAGAGAAUGGUACAUGGAAGAAUCCCAUUCUUUGCAGUAUUCUUUCCCAAGAAUCACUGGAUGAGGAUAAGGUGAAUGAAUUUUUAGCCUUUGAAGGCCCUAUGCUACUGGAUAUACGUAUUAAACAUUUGAUGAAAUCAAAGCAAUUAACUCAAGCAACUGCCCUAGCAAAACUGUGCUCUAACCACCCAGAAAUCAGCAGCAAAGGCAAUUUUAAACAAACCUAUCUAGUCUGUCUUUGUUCUGGAUCACCAAACGAAAAGCUAAUGCAGGAGAUUGCAGACAUAGACUGCAAAGAUGCAUUAGAAAUGAUCUGUAAUCUAGAAUCUGAAGGAGAUGAAAAGAGUGCUCUGAUUUUAUGUGCAGCAUUUUUAUCUCGUCAACUCCAACAAGGAGAAAUGUAUUGUGCAUGGGAACUAACUCUCUUCUGGAGCAAGUUGCAGCAAAGAGUAGAGCCUUCUGUACAAAUCUAUCUGGAGAGAUGCCGCCAACUGUCUGUCUUAACAAAAACAGUAUACCACAUUUUCUUCCUAAUUAAAGUAAUAAAUUCGGAGAUUGAUGCUGCUGGACUGGCAACCUGCAUUGAACUUUGUGUGAAAGCAUUGCGUUUGGAAGCUAGUGAGAACACAGAGGUCAAGAUUUCCAUUUGCAAAACUAUAUCCUGUUUAUUGCCUGAUGAUUUGGAGGUUAAACGUGCUUGUCAACUGAGUGAAUUUCUUCUUGAACCUACUGUGGAUGCAUACUAUGCUGUAGAGAUGCUGUAUAAUCAACCUGACCAGAAAUAUGAUGAAGAAAACCUUCCAAUACCAAAUUCAUUACGCUGUGAGCUCUUACUCGUUUUAAAAACACAUUGGCCUUUUGAUCCAGAAUUUUGGGACUGGAAAAUGCUAAAACGUCAGUGUCUUGCGUUGAUGGGAGAGGAGGCAUCAAUAGUAUCUUCAAUAGAUGAGCUGAAUGACACUGAAAUGCAUGAAAAGGUGGAGGAUUGCCAAGAUGAGAACAAAGAAACUCCAAUGAAUGGACUUUCUGGCUGUUUUGACGAAGCUACAAACUUGCUUAGAGGAAUUAGAGAUAAAAAACAGAAAAACAGAGAAAUAAAAAAGUUGAGAGAGCGAGGAUUCAUAUCUGCUAGAUUUAGGAACUGGCAAGCAUAUAUGCAAUAUUGUGUGCUAUGUGAUAAGGAAUUCCUUGGACAUAGAAUAGUCAGGCAUGCACAGAAACACUACAAAGAUGGCAUUUAUAGUUGCCCAAUAUGUGCACAAAAUUUUAAUUCUAAAGAAACUUUUGUUCCUCAUGUAACACUACAUGUUAAGAAAUCCAGUAAAGAGAGACUGGCUGCAAUGAAACCACUGAGAAAAUUAGGAAGACCACCCAAAACAGUAACCACUGGUGUGAACAAGAAGAAUACUGUAGUUAAGCAGGAACAACGGCACAUAAAAAAGAACAGUCUUUAUGCAGCAGACUUUAUUGUUUUUAAUGAUAAUGACGGCUCUGAUGAUGAGAAUUAUGAAAAAGACAAACCUUACAUUCCAGAAAUUGUACCAGUCCAAAAGCCAUUGCCUGUCAAUGAGUUUACCUGCCCUGUUACCUUAUGUAAAAAAGGCUUUAAAUACUUUAAAAAUUUGAUUGCGCAUGCAAAGGGCCACAAAGACAGUGAGGAAGCUAAACGUUUUCUUGAGAUGCAAAGCAAAAAAGUAAUUUGCCAGUACUGUAGGCGACAUUUUGUAAGUGUUACCCAUCUUAAUGAUCACUUGCAAAUGCACUGUGGAAGCAAACCCUAUAUCUGUAUACAGAUGAAAUGUAAGGCUAGCUUUAACAGUUAUGCUGAACUUCUGAGUCACAGAAAAGAGCACCCAGUCUUCAAGGCAAAGUGCAUGUUUCCUAAAUGUGGAAGAGUGUUUUCAGAAGCUUACUUGCUUUAUGAUCAUGAAGCACAGCACUAUAAUACCUUCACCUGCAAGCUUGCAGGUUGUGGAAAAGUUUACCGUUCUCAGAAUGAAUUAGAAAAGCAUAUUGAGGAUCACACUAAAUCUGAAAAGGUACCACAGUCUGAUAGUGGUAAUAUUUUUUCUCAACCUUUAGAAGAUACUGUGAAUGUCGAAGAAAUCCCCCCAAAGGAAGAGACAUUGGUGCUGCCACCUGACAAUAGCAUAAAUAAUUGUGCCAAAGCAGAUAAUUAUAUUUCAGAUCAGGUCAAAGAUGAAUCACUUGAGAAUGAGAGGACAAAAAUAUCAACUAGUGUAUUGGAACAGACUGAUACAGUCUCCACUGAAACUGUGGAGCAGCCUGUAACUUCUUCAGCAAAGGCAGACUCACUUGUUCUAGCCAGCAAUGUUUUGAUGCCUCUCUUGGGCCAAAAAAUUCGAGAAAACAUGGCAAAAAAGGGCAAACUACUUUCCAGGAGUAAUAAAAUAGAUACUGAAGCACCUGUAAUCCAGCAGUUAUGUUCAACAGUUGAAGAUUCUUGCAGUGAUCUCGCAGUUUUCCAGCAAGGGAAAGAGGAUGACUGUGUCAGUCAGUCCCAGGACAUUUCCAUGAAUUCAGUUAAACCUGAACCUGAAAUCUUUGCAACAAAAGAUUCAGAAAAAGAGAGAAGCCAUAUGCCUUUUAGUGUGGAAAAUCAAGUAGGGUAUCAAAAUUUGCUCUCUCCAAAACUUCAGCUUGAAGAAAGCAUUAAAACUGCUACUGAUCUCUAUAACCUGCCUCUGAAGACUUUAGAAGGGAUUACACUUGCUCCAGCCCAGAACAGUAUUGGCACUCCUUUUGUUCCAGUCAUACCAUUGGCAACUCCAGUUCAGAAAUUCACUUGCCAAGUUGAGGGAUGUACUCGAAUCUACAAUUCUUCUCAGAGCAUUGGCAAACAUAUGAAAACAGCACAUCCUGAUCAAUAUGCCUCAUUUAAGAUGCAGCGUAAGAAUAAGAAAAGUCGAAAAACAAGCAGUUCGCAAAAUUUGCCAAAUGAUAGCAAGAUAGUUUAUUUUUUACCAUCGCAAGUUGCUCCCACUGCUGAUGCUUUUCCUCAACAAACCCAAACCAGUUUAAAUUCCACUUGUACAAGCCAGCUGCAACAACUGUCUAAUGCUCUUUUUCCAACACGUCUAGAAAAUAUGACUAAUUCAUUACUGCCUAAUGUGGAAAAUCCUAUAAAUACAGGUCUCUCUUCCCAUAUUAAAAGUGAACCAGAGAAUACAUUGGGCUCCCAAAUAGGAAGCCUGUCUAAUGCAACAUUACCUUCACAGUUGGAUGAUCUAGAAAAACCAGUUAUGCCUCUGAAUAUUGACAGUGGUUCAGAUCCUUUCCUUCCUUUACCUGCAGAAAAUGGUCCAAUUUCUCUCUUUCCUUCCCCAGCAGACAAUGGUCCAAGUUCUGUUUUCUCACAAAUGGAAAAUAAUACAAAUCACUUUUCCUCCCAACUGGAAGGAAAUACUAGUUCAUCUUUUUCAAAAGAUGAAAGUGUUGAUGUACUGUUUUCUUCACAAAUGAAUAAUGAGAAUAACUUCAGUGAAACCACUCCACAACCUCUGGUAUUGGAAAAAGCGAAAAAAGAUCGUAGGCGAGGUGUAGAUGGAAAAGACAAAAAACCAAAGCAUAAUAAGCGGGCAAAAUGGCCAGCAAUAAUCAGGGAUGGCAAGUUUAUUUGUAGUAGAUGUUACAGGGUUUUUUCCAAUCCCAGAUCACUUGGUGGUCAUCUGUCCAAGCGUUCCUACUGUAAACCCCUGGAUGAAUCAGAAAUUUGUCCUGAAACUCUGCAGCUUAAUGGACAAUCCUCUCUACUUGCCAGUAUGAUUCUUUCCUCAAAUGCUCUAACCUUACAGCAGCAACAGCAGUCAGCAUUUAGUCCUGAGGCAUGUUUCAAGGAGCCAUCAUUCCUGCAACUGCUUGCUACUGAAAAUCGAUCAGCUGCAUUUUUGCAGAAUCUGUUUCCACGGACCAAUGUGACUAACUUCAAUGCAAGCGAGGAAGGAAAUGAAAUUAUCAAACAGGCCUUGGAAACUGCAGGCAUUCCAAGUACUUUUGACUCUACAGAAAUCUUACCACAUUUAAUUACAACUAGUUGUAUCACAGGUACUACUCAAAUAAAUGCAACAGUUUUGCCAAGUCCAGGCAUGUCUCCUUUGUUACCUGCAGUCUGCAACCCGACUACCUUGCUAACAGACCAAAAUCGGACACUUAACACCAAAAUAUCCUCAAUAGAAGAAUGCAGCAAUGUCCCAGUGUUUCCAGAUGAUUUAAUACUUAAGACUAUUGAAAACAGCUUAUGUUCCAGCGUGGUUUCUAAUUCUGUUGCUGCUCAUAAUUUUGGAAAUAACACUUCACGUGUUUCAGUUAUAAAUAGCAUCAAAAGUUCAGAAUUGUGCAGCUUGAAUAAAAAAGGGAUUAGUGGUUCAAAGAAAAAGAAGAAGACAGCUGCUCCUUUAGGCGCAUCUAAUUUUUCACAGAAAUUGGUACCUAAUGAUUUGACCGCAUUGGGACUCCUAGCUAGAAACAUUGAAGGAAGUGUGCAAAUAUCCACAGAGAAUUUUCAGUCAGAUGUAUUGGCAAACUGUGAGGCUCAAGUGUUAAUGGAUAAUCUUACACAGAAGCUUAGUAGUGUAGACAAUGAAUUGACUCCUAAUGUCAAAGAGAACUUAAAAACGAGUCAUGAAACUGAUGCAGAAAUAGUCCCCUUAGUGAAAACUGAAAAUAGUGACUCUCAGGUCACUCUAAGUUCCUGCAUUCAAGAAAAUCCCAGUUUAGAGAUUUCAGAAGAUAAUGUUAUUCAGAAUUUUGAGAAGACCCUUGAAAUCAUUAAAACAGCUAUGAAUUCCGAGAUGGUUGAAGUGAAAACUGAAAUACAGGAAGUGUCGAUUGAAUCAUUACAGAGUCCACAAAGCAGUGCUGUUCAGUGUGUUCCUGAAACUGGUUCUCAAAAUGUGAAAACCUCUCACCAUACUCAGCACAUUGUCCACACACAGAAUAUUCCCCUUACCAAACUGAGUUCUUCUCAGUCUGAAACAUCUCAUAAAGAUGAUAUCCAAAUCAUGGAAAUAUUAGAAGGUUUGAAAAAGCUGAAGUUAGAAAGUGAAGCCUCAAGUCAAGAAUUAGGCAAUAUAAUUCACUGUCUUCCAACAGAUGCAGUAAUGCCACAAAUUCUUAUUCCAGUUGUAACAACUGAGAGCACAUCUCUUGUCCAGCCAUCUUCAGAAACACAUACUCCAUUUGAAAAAGUCCAUAAGCCUUUUAUGUGCCAGGCCCCAAGCUGUAAUUACAGUGCUAUGACAAAGGAUGCAUUAUUUAAACAUUACAGUAAAAUACAUCAAUAUACACCAGAAAUGAUAUUAGAAAUCAAGAAACACCAGUUGAAAUAUGCUCCAUUUAAAUGUGUUGUAGCUACCUGUCCAAAGACAUUUACAAGAAAUUCUAACCUCAGGGCCCACUGUCAGCUGGUACAUCAUUUUACGACAGAGGAAAUGGUAAAAUUAAAACUAAAAAGGCCAUAUGGAAGAAGAUCCCAAAACAAAACUGCAGGUUUAACUCCAAGGCCUGUUGAAUUAAAAAGCAUACCGUAUGUGUUAACAGAAAAUAGAAAUGAAUCACAGUUGACUAAAGAGCCUGAAAUUAGAGAUGAAAUAUGCAUACAAUCUGUGAAAGCUCUAGAAAGGGUGAUUUCAGAAAGGGUGAUUCCAGAAAAUAUUCCCAAUGCUCCUGAAAAAUUAGAAAAGCUUCCUGAAAUAGUUUCAAUUCCUCUAGAACUUCAUAAUAUAGCCACGCUCAGUAAUACUCAAGUACAACCCAAAGUACGUAAAAUUAGAAGACAUAGGAAAGAAAAAGAAGAAAAAAAACACAAAAAGCCAGUACGUAAAUCUUUGGAAUUCCCUACUACUUAUAGUCCCUACAGACCAUACAGAUGUGUGCAUCAAGGUUGUUUCGCAGCGUUUACAAUACAGCAGAAUUUGAUUCUUCAUUAUCAAGCUGUGCAUAAAUCUGAUCUGCCAUCAUUCUCUCUCGAGGCAGAAGAAGAAAAUGAGCCAAGCAGAGAAGAGGAUACUGCUAAAGAAGAAGAGUGUGAUGAAACUGAGACAACAGUAAAAGAAUUCAGAUGUGAGGUGAGAAAUUGCUCUAGGAUAUUUCAAGAAGUCACUAGUCUUAUUCAACACUACAUGAAGCUUCAUGAGAUGACUCCUGAGGAGGUUGGGAGCAUGAAGUCGUCCCUGGAUGUUGGAAGAUUCCCCUGUGAUCAAUCUGAAUGUAAGUCAUCCUUUACAGCAUAUGUUAAUUAUAUUACUCAUCUUGAGGCAGACCAUGGAAUAAAGAUAAAGCAAAACAAAACGGAAGAUGGCAUGUACAAAUGUGAUUGUGAAGGUUGUGACCGAAUUUAUGCAACUAGGUCUAAUCUUUUACGACACAUUUUUAAUAAGCAUAAUGAUAGGCAUAAAGAUCAUCUAAUAAGACCAAGACGGUUCCUGACGCCAGGCCAGGAAAAUAUUUCAAUCAAGGCUAAUCAGGAAAAAAACAUGAAAAUGAAACAUAAAGGCUUGAAAUAUAGGGCGGGAAAAAAUGGAAACAAAAUAUCAAUUAGGGCCAAACGGAAGAGAGCUAUUACUAUAGAAAAGAACUCAAAAAUGGGGCAGAUUCCUGAAAACAAAGCAUAUUCUUUGAAAUGUGGAAAAUAUGCCUAUUCAAUAAAGGCUCGGGAUGAUGCUUUAUCUGAGUGCACAAGCAAAUUUGUUAUACAGUACCCAUGUAUGAUAAAAGGCUGUUCAUCAGUUGUCACAAGUGAAAAUAAUAUAAUUAGGCAUUAUAAAUGUCACAAGUUAUCUAAAGCAUUUACUUCACAACACAGGAGUCUCCUAAUUGUCUCAAACAAGCAUUCAGAUUCACCAGAGAAAGAAGUAUCUUUACAAAAUGAGACAACUGAAGACAAAACAUGUGAUGUAAAAGAAUUGCAGCCUCAUUUGUCCGAAACCUGUGAGGACCCGAGACCUUCUCCAGCAGUGGCUCCGAAUGAACUUGAAAAGAGUGAGAAGGAUGAAGUGGAUGAGCUUGCAGAACUGUUCAUUACCAAACUUAUUAAUGAGGACCUCACAAGUUCAGAGAACCAUACAAAGACCUCUUCCGAUGUGAACAGUGAAUCUCAAGAAACUAAUUCUUGUCUUUCAGAAAAACAAAGUGUAAAUGGUAAUUUUAAAAGAGCAAACAAAGAAAAAUACCCUUCUCAAACCAAAAAGAGAAAAGUUGAGAAGCAGGAAGAAAUACUGGCUGUUGAAUUAAGUAGUGUACGCAGAGAGGAGGAAACUGCUGUUGCUAUUCAAACUUCUGAAGAACAGUCUUCAGCUUUUGACUGGAGCUCAUUUAAGCCUAUGGGAUUUGAAGUGUCUUUUCUCAAGUUCCUUGAAGAGUCUGCAGUGAAGCAAAAGAAAAAUACAGAGAGGGGCUAUAACUGUGGAAACAGGAAAGGUUCUCAUUCAAACUCAAGAAAAUCUAAUGAUAAAAACUCUUUGGCAAGAACACGAUCAUGUUCCGAAAGUGAAACCUAUGUACAGUUUGCAAACCCAUCACAGUUUCAGUGUAGUGGUACUGUAAAAAUAGUUUUAGAUAAGACUUUUAAAGAUUGCACUGAGCGUGUGUUGAAGCAGCUUCAGGAAAUGAAGCCUAUUGUCAAUCUGAUAAGACAUGAUGGACAUUGGGAGGCCAAUCCAGAGGUUACAAAAUAAUCAGGUUUACCAGAGCAAGAAUCCCUUAUCAGACUGCUAAAUCAACAGAGAAGGAAUGGCUCAAAGGUUCCAACCUACAGAUUCCAGGAUCCACUUGAAGAAACAAGUCCAUGCUGGGAUAAGGCACUUAGACUUUUCCCAAACUGUGGCAACCCUCCCAACAUUUGGGACUUCAGCCCCCAUCAGCUCAAGCUAGAAUGGUCAAUGGUGAGGAAUGUACUGCAAAAUGUCUGGAGAGCACUAGGUAGAGGAAGGCUGACCUACCACCAGUUGUUGAAAAUGUCAUGGCUACUCUCUUCCGUUACUAGUUUUGCCACACAGGGAUCUUUUAAAGAUGGAGCAGGAUGAGAGCAUGGGCUGAGAUACAGAACGGGUUGAGAUGGCUCUUGGCAUGGCAUUGUAAGAACUUUGCACUGACCGCCAAGUUGUCUAAUAGUCAUUUAAAGACCAGUAAAACCAUCCAUCCCCAUUGGGCAGUGUACCAGUGUUUGCACUGCAGAAGCAAAAUCCCAUUCCUUGGCUUUGGAAGUUAGAGGAUGGGAAUGAAAACAUUUUUAUUUUGGUCUUUGUGCAGGGAUGGGCAAUUUACAACUAAACUGGAUAGGGCUGAUGGAAGUUGUAGGCCAAAUAUAAGAUUGAUAUUAGCUAUAAUAAUGUUCAUUUACUGUUAUGUCACACAUUAAGAGCAUCCAUGUCAGUGCAAAGAAUAAGAGAAAGGCUCAAACAUCUGUUCUGAUAUUAGGUGGAGCUGGGGAAUUAUCUUCUGAGGAUGUGUGAAGUCCCUUCUCUCACAGAUGAAGCAAGCAUCUGGGAAUAGAAGAAAGAGCUUGCUGAUAAGAAGGAGGGUGUUCCAGGCACCUGGUGGAUCCCUGCACUUCUCAGUUUAGAUAUUCAGGAUUAGAUAGCAAAUACUAAAUAGUCUUGUGUCUGUGCCUAGGGAAAUUAGGUGAAUUGCAUCACUGGUCAGUUUCAUUGUGUUCUGGUUAUGCAUUUCAAUUGUUAUUAAAACUAAAACAAA